AUGGAGGGCAGCCCAGAGAAGCAGAAGCCCAGCCCGCGACACCGGCCCAAACCCAGGGGCCCCUCCACACUGACUCUGGGCCAGUCCCGCAGCACAGAGGACCUAUCUGAGGGCCUCCCCAGGGCCAACUUCAGGAAGGGCUUCUCCCUACGUAACGUCAGCCUGUGUGUGGUGGACGGGGUCCGGGACAUGCUCCAGAGGAGCCGAGGAGCCUCUCCAGAACCCCGCUGCAGGCUCAACGGGGAUACGGGAGGGUGUUGGAGUCCCCGCCUGCUGCGUAUGCCCCGGGGAUCCCGCAGUGCUGCCCUGAGGCCCCUGCCAGCUGAGGUGCAGCGGGAAGGAGCCCUGCGGUACAUGGUGGCGGACGACUCACACAGCAUGGGCAGCAAUGCUCAGUGGCAGAAGUGUCGUCUGCUGCUGAGGAGGAUGAGAGGAGGAGGAGAAGGAGGGGUCACUGAAGGGGAGGGGGGCUUCCUGCUGGAGUUCUAUGUGCCGCCCAAGUCGUCCAAGCCCAAAUUGAGUGUUCCUCUGACAGCCGUAAUGGAGGUGCGGACCACCAUGCCCCUGGAGAUGCCAGACAGGGACAACACCUUUGUCCUCAAGGUGGAGAAUGGAGGAGAAUACAUCCUGGAGACAUUAGACUCCCUUCAGAAACACUCCUGGGUGGCUGACAUUCAGGACUGCAUAGACCCGGGGGACAGUGGAGAUGACAUUGAGCUGACGUCUUGUCCUCAUGGCCAGUUCCCCUCGGUGUCCACCUGUAACUGUGAGCUCACGGCUCGUGAGUAUUUAUUCACUUUAAUUGACAUACCCAAGACCCCUCAGCACCGUGCUGGUCCCUGUGGCCCCUCAGGGCCCCGCUUUCGGACCCUGUUGGCCUCCCCUUUGCACCCCACCCAUGUCCCCCUAGAACGCUUCCUCCAGUCACUGGAGUCCAACAGGCCUGGAGCAGGUAAUGGCCAGCUCUCUAUGUGGAAAGGCUGCUUUUUGCUAAGACAAUAUUGUGAAGGAACACCCCGUUCUGAGAUGGACACCUCUCUGACCUGCUACCCAUGGUUCCACGGUACACUGUCUCGAGUGAGUGCUGCUCAGCUGGUGUUGGUGGGCGGAGCCCGGAGCCAUGGGCUCUUUGUGAUUCGCCAGAGCGAGACGCGCCCGGGAGAAUACGUCCUCACCUUCAACUUCCAGGGCAAAGCCAAGCACCUGCGUCUGUCUGUGGACUCUCAGGGCCAGUGCCAUGUGCACCACCUGUGGUUCCAGAGCGUGGGGGACAUGCUGCAGCACUUCCACUGCCACCCCAUUCCGUUGGAGUCUCGCGGGGCUGCAGAUGUCACGCUGCGAUGCUAUGUCCAGACACAGCGCAGCCGCCCAGAGCUCUGUGUGUCUCGGAUGUCCACCCCUACCAGAGAGCCUGGCUGUCGGAACGGCCUCCACCAAUUGGCACAAUUCUUUCCCGGAGUCUUGCAGCCAGUUGGUGGAUCUGUGGACUCUCCUCUCCCCCCCAGUUCCCCUGCUCUACCCCGCAUUCUGCCUCCCUUCCCCAGACUAGAGGAUGGGGGUGAUGGGGGCUUACGGAGUCGCAGUGGCAGCAUAGAGCAUCUUCUACCGCCCUCUGGUGGCUCAGCUGAUGAACAGCAGGAGACUGAGGGAGCACAAAGAACAAGAGCAGUAGAGAACCAGUACUCUCUCUACUGA